AUGAAUACAAAUAGAACUGAUAAUGAAUUAUUACAGGAUUGUUAUUUUGGUCCUUGUAUUUUAAUCGAUUCUGCCAAUGUGAACAAUUAUAAAAAAAAUUCACCCUCUAGAAAUUCAAUCUUAUCAGAUUUUAGCUAAAAAGAGUUUGAACAAUCUAAUAAUAUUUCUCCUAAUGUUGAAAUGUUACCAAUAAAUUUUGAAGUUGUAAAGGCUAAGCAAAAUUUUAGAAGUAAAGGGAAUCCUAAUUAAUAAUCAUAAAGUAAUUUUUUUAAGGGGAGUAAGAGACAAUUAUUAGAACCUAAAGUAUAGAAAUAGGAAAGACCUAGUUUUAUGAAAACUCUUGUUAAAAAUAACCUCAUAAAUAAAUUUAAAAAUAACUUAUUUUAAUCAUCUUAUGUUCUUCCAAAAUAGAUGAAAUACAUAUUAGAAAAUGAAAGCUAUAUUCAAGAGUAAAAGGAAAAAACUAAAGUUAAUUAGACAAAAAUAGAGUUGAAGUAAUACAAUAAUAUUUUUAAGUCAGUAAAGAAAAUGGUCAAGCAAGCAAAAUGUCAAAACUUAGCAUUUUGUUAAUGCCUGGCUAAAAUCUAACAAUUUUAUGGGAUUUCAUUUCUUUAUUUGUAUUGUUCCUUAGAUUAUUUUUUUGCUCCAUGAUUGCAUCCUUUGGUUAAUCAGAUAAAUUUUAUAAAGGCGCUGAACUUUUCUUUAAUAUAUACCUAUUAUUCGAAAGUGUAUUAACCAUUUAUAGGCCAAUAAUUUUCUAAGGAGAAAUUGUCAGUGAACUUUCUUAAAUUUGGAUUCUUUAUUCAAAAAAUCAAAUGUUAGAAGAUUUAUCCAGUUUCAUUAUAUGGAUUAUGAUAUAUUUUGAUUUAAAUGAAUUUGCAGUACUUAAUGAAAUCUUGGCCAUAUCGCAAUUUACAAUAACAUAUAGAUAAAUAGCUAGAAAAUAUAAUAUUUAAAUUGAAUAAUUGUAUUUGAAAGGUUUUAAUAGUGACUUUUUAGAUUUAAUAAGUCUAUUCAUAAUUAUAUGUUUUUUUGCUCAUACUAUGGCUUGUUUGUGGCAUUAUAUAGGCUACAUUACUUUAAAUAAAGGAUCCUGGUUAACAUAUUAUGAGAUAACGAAUGAAAAUAUUUGGGUAAAAUAUAAUUUUUCUUAUUAUUGGGCAACAAUGACAAUGGUUACUGUAGGUUAUGGAGAUAUUACACCAAAAAAUUAAGUUGAAGUUGCUUUUGUUUCAAUAGUGAUGAUAUCUUCAAGUUGCAUGUUUGCUUAUUCAAUGAAUUCAAUAGGAGUUAUUGUAAAAACUAUUCAUGAUGAAAAGACAAGAUUUAAGUAUGUAUAACUAAAAUAACAUAUAGGAGAACAUUAAUAUUAAUGAAUCAAUUUAUGUCUAAAAAUGAAGUUGAUCCUGAGAUCUAGAGUAGAGUGAAAAAUUAUAUUAAAUUUAGUAUCGAAAAUGAAGAUUUAGAAAAUAAAGAAGAAACAACAAAAAUAAUAAAUGACUUACCUGUUGGAUUAAAAAAUGAAUUAGAAUCAGAUAUUAAAUAAAAAGUUAUUUAAAAAAUAAAGAUCAUAACAGAUUAUUUUUCAAUCUAAACUUAAAAUUAAGUGAAAAGCAAUUUGACUUAAGUUAAAUUCACUCCAAAAGACAUAAUUUAUCAUAGAGAUGAUAUAAAAGAUAAAAAUCUGUAUUAUAAAUUAAAUAUAAAGAUAUUUCAUUUCAGAAGGAGAAGUAUAAAUUUUAGAAGAGCAAAGUCAAAAGAUAAUCAAAAGACUUAAAGCAGGAGAUGUUUUUGGGGAAUUUCAAUUCUUUACAGGACAAAAUACUAAAGAAUCAACAAUGAGUGUAGGAUUUGCAUAAUUAUAUAAGAUAGAUAGAGAAAAGUUUAUAAAUAUUAUUAAAUCAACAUAAAGAGAUUAUGAAAAAUUUCAUAAAAUUAAAGAUUCUAUUUUAUAUUCAAAAAAUUAUACUAACAUUUUCAGUAAAUGUUUAAUCUGUCAAAAAUAUUCGCAUCAAGACAUUGAAUGUCCAUACUUAACAUAUUAACCUUCUAAAUAUCUAAAAAUUUUAAAAUUUAAUAAAUUUGAACAAAAUCUUAGAUAAAAAUAUAAAAGAGAUGAGAGAAAAAAAAUCAAAUCAUAAAUAGAUUAAUAAUAAAUUGAAGCUUCUAUUAAAGAUUAUCAAGAGAUUUUAUCAGAAUCAAUUUUAGGAGAAUUUAACGAUUAAGUGUUAACAUAUUAAGUGUCAGACACUGUGAGCGCUUAAGUGGAAACAAUUCCUUUAGAAGAUUUGAGAGAAAAAUCCUCAAAUUCUAUUUCUAAAAAUAUUCAAUAAAAUGGAUUAAAUAGAAAUGGAUCACAAAAUCCAAUUUUGGAUAAUGAGAAAAAAAAAUCAGUAGUUUUAGUAAAAAAAAAGUAAUCCUUAAUUGAAGAAGAAAGAAGAAGAACUUAAGUUUAUAGAGAAACCUUAAUAUUUAAAUAAUUAGAUUAAUUUUAAGUUAAAUAGCACUUUGUUAUACUAGAAGGAUUUGAUAAAAUGCAUAAUUAUCUAGAUUAUUUACCACAUAAUAAUGCAAAUUAAGUUAUCCGAAAUGCUAAUAAAGAAAAACCAAGUAGUAAAUCAAUUAAAACUUAAAUCUUCAGGUUCUCAAAUAGUUUUAGAGUGAUGAAAAAUGUGUGA